AUGGCGACCCCAGCCCUUCCCACUCAUCCAGGUCCAGAACAUCUGGUGACAGUGAAAGUUCUCUACAAUGACAGCAAUCGGCGAUUCAAGUUGCCGCUGAGAGACCUCAAGGCGCAGGUCUUCCCCCAGAAGCUCCGCUUGCUCCUUAAUGUUCCCGCGGAUGUCAACGUCAUCCUCGAACGUUAUUCCGAUAGCGCCGGCUCUUACAUCCACCUUGACUGCGACAACGCUGCUGUCUACAAGCAACUCUUCCGAGCUGCUAAAGCCAAAUCCAAGCUCCGCAUCAAAGCCAGUACGGUCGACCCCUCGGCCCCGACCACCGACACCGCCAUUCCGGUGGAGUCAACCAACCAGAUGUUCCCGUCGAGAACUAGCUAUCUCGAUACCGUUCUGAGCUCCCCUGUCGCCGUUGCUAGCCCUGAAUUUUUCCCUAUCUCUUCUGAAGCUGCUCCUGUUCUCGCUGGUGAAACCACCGCCCCCCAGAUCACGCUACCCAUCGGUCAGCCUCGCUACCGGGACUUCGAGAUGGAGCAGGACAAGCUUCGCUUCCCCAUCAUCUCUCACAACUCCCCUGGCGGGAUGUUCUGCAUCGACUGCAACAACUGUGGUCACUCCAUUGUCAACGAGCAUUAUCACUGCAGCAUCUGUGAACACGGAGAUUACGAUCUGUGCCCGCAGUGUGUCGAGGAUGGCGCCUCGUGCCGCGGUGAAGGUCACUGGUUGAUCAAGCGUGUGGUGGUCAACGGCGUUGUUACCACCAGCACAACCGAGAAAAUCCCCCCUCGUCGGGUGCAGGAGCGGAUCAUCAAGCCCGCCCCCGUUCAAGUGCAGCGUGCACCUGAGCCUACUCCCGAGCUCAUUCCUGGGCUCGUUGAGACCGUCCCGGAGAUGCCGGCCACUGUCCCUCCAACUGACGUUAAGAGCUCGGAUACUGCUACUCAGGGAGAUGAGAAGCCCAUGUGCAAUGGAUGCUGCCGUGAAGCCGAUGAAAGUAACUUGGUCCGCUGCAAUGACUGCGAGGACUAUGACCUGUGCCUUCGCUGCCUAUUGAGAAACAAGCAUGGUCACCACCCUGCUCACACCUUUUCCCUCGGCUCGGAUCGCAACUUCUGCUUGAAGAACUUGAUCAUGUCUCGCUGCCUUCCUGGCCGCCAGUUCAAACACGCUGCCAUUUGCGAUGGUUGUGACAAUCGCAUCGUUGGCACCCGCCACAAGUGUCUGUCCUGCCCCGAUUGGGAUUACUGCCGUGACUGCAUCGCGACUGCCCCCAACAGCCAUCCGGGCCACCGGUUUGUCCCUAUUUAUGAAGCCAUCAGUGACCACCCUUACGGGCACUCUAUCCACUACGGCAUCUUCUGUGAUGGACCUCUUUGCAAGAACAAGCCCGCACAGAGCUACAUCUCUGGUGUUCGCUACAAGUGCGCCGUCUGUGACGAUGUUGACUUCUGUGCCAGCUGUGAGGCACUGCCCACCCACGACCAUAACCAGACUCACCCCUUGGUCAAGUUCAAGACUCCUGUUCGCACUGUGACUGUGAGCACUGUAAGCGAUGAUGGUGCCAGCGGCGCCGUGGCCCUGGGCGAUGAUGUCUCUGCUCGCUCUCGCUCUGAGGCCAAUACGACUGUCGAUGAAUUGCCAGAGGAGAAGCCGGUUGUCGUCCAGGAACCCGUUGAGGUGGAGGCCAGCAAGCCAGAGGAGGCCAAGGUUGAAGCUGCGCCAGCUGCACUAGAGCCCGCCACUUACGAGCCAUCCCCCGCUAAGAGCGUGAUUGGCGGCUUCCAAGCUUACUUUGUCCGUGAUGCUAUUCCGGAUGGUACCAAAAUGCCUCCCAACACACUGUUCCGACAGACUUGGACCCUUUACAACCCUGGUCCCAACGCCUGGCCUGAGGGUAGUGACGUCCGCUUUGUCGGUGGAGAUACCAUGUUUAACGUUGACUCUCAUCACCCCUCAAGCGUGGAGUCAAUCCGCGCUGCCAUGGAGAGCAACAAACUGCAUGCACCCAUCGAGGCCGGUCAGAGUGCCGACUUCACCGUGACCCUCCGAACUUCCAGUCGUGAGGGCACUGCCAUCUCUUACUGGCGCUUGAAACUUCCCAACGGAGAGGCAAUCGGUCACCGACUUUGGUGUGACAUUCAGGUGCAAGCUGCCAUCUCUAGUUCCAGCUCGGAUGUCGAGACCGAGCCUACUCCUGAGGAAGAUUCUAAGACGUCCCAGUCUACCGUCGCCGAGCCUAUUGGUAGCCACAUGAUCUUCCCCAAGCUCGAGAAGGAGUCUCCUGAAUCCAGCACCCACGAGGCUAUCAUGCCCUCUCACCGCGCCCCCACCGUGUCAACCGCUUGUGAGGAAGAUGAUAUGGAAAGUCUUGCCCUGGAAGAGGUCAGCACCGAUGCCGGCUUCCUCACGGAUGAGGAGUAUGAUGUCCUCGAUGCUAGCGACCAGGAAUAUCUUGACGCCAAGCAGUCCACCCACUAA